AUGGAUUUGCCUGAACCGAUACAUGAUUUUCUUUUAGUCUUUCUGGGAUCGGGUCUUAUAUUAGGAAGUCUAGGAGUAAUAUUACUUACCAACCCAAUUUUUUCUGCUUUUUCGUUGGGACUGGUUCUUGUUUGUAUAUCUUUAGUCUAUAUUUUAUCAAACUCCCAUUUUGUAGCUGCAUCGCAGCUACUUAUUUACGUGGGCGCUAUAAAUGUUUUAAUCAUAUUUGCUGUAAUGUUCAUGAAUAGGUCAGAAUAUUACCAAGAUUUUCGUCUUUGGACCAUUGGGGAUGGAAUUACUUUGAUGGUUUGUACAAGUAUUUUUGUUUCACUAAUAACUACUAUUCCAGAUACAUCAUGGUACGGGAUUAUUUGGACUGUGAGACCAAAUCAGAUUAUAGAACAAGAUUUUAUAAGUACUAGUCAACAAAUUGGAAUUCAUUUAUCAACAGAUUUUUUUCUUCCAUUUGAACUCAUUUCCAUAAUUCUUUUAGCUGCUUUGAUAGGUGCAAUUGUUGUGGCUCGCCAGAGUUGGUCAAUGAUGUUCGAGCAUGUACUUAUUUUGAGUGCCUAUUUAUUUUCUAUGGGUAUCUAUGGAUUAAUCACGAGUCGAAAUAUGGUUAGAGCCCUUAUGUGUCUUGAACUUAUACUGAAUGCAGUUAAUAUAAAUUUCGUAACCUUUUCUGAUUUUUUUGAUAGUCGCCAAUUAAAAGGAAAUAUUUUUUCAAUUUUUGUUAUAGCUGUUGCAGCCGCUGAAGCAGCUAUCGGACCUGCUAUUGUUUCCUCAAUUUAUCGUAACAAAAAAUCAACCCGUAUGAAUCAAUUGAAUUUGUUGAAUAAAUAGUAUUGAUUAUAAUAAAUCAUAAAAAGUAGAAUUUAGAAUGAAUAGUGUAAUAUUUAUCAAUUCAAAUUAGCAUGUAUGAUACGCAACUUAGAAUCAUGUUUGUGAAAAUAAAUAAAAGAAAUCAAAGUAUUUUGGUCCUAUUCUCUUCUUAUGAAUUGAUCUAUAAGUCUAUUUUUAUUAGCAAAAUUCUGAUAAAUCAUUGAUUCAUCUGGUGUCUAAAUAUAGAAUUCAUUUACGAGUUUACUAGAUCGAAAAUUUUCAAUUUUUGAUGUUCAAAGAUUUCUAUAGAUUCAAUGUCACAUUCAGUAAAGAUUUAUGAUACAUGUAUAGGAUGUACUCAAUGUGUUCGAGCCUGCCCCACAGAUGUAUUAGAAAUGAUACCUUGGGACGGAUGUAAAGCUAAGCAAAUUGCUUCUGCCCCAAGAACAGAGGACUGUGUUGGUUGUAAGAGGUGUGAAUCCGCCUGUCCGACGGAUUUCUUAAGUGUUCGAGUUUAUUUAUGGCAUGAGACAACUCGAAGCAUGGGUCUAGCUUAUUGAUACGUUUCAAAAAACACCACACAAAUACGUUUUUUUUUACUGACAAAAACCCGCGCUCAAAAUAGAAAAAAAAUUGCUUUUCUAUUUUGAGCGCGGGUUUUUCUGGUCUAAGUAUAUCUUAUUUUUAUCACGAAUUAUUUUCCUUGGUUAACAAUAAUUGUAGUUUUGCCAAUAGCUGGAGGUUCCUUAAUUUUCUUAUUUCCUCAUAAAGGAAAUAAGGUGAUUAGGUGGUAUACUAUUUGUAUAUGCUUAAUGGAUCUCCUUCUAACAACCUAUGCAUUUUGUUAUCAUUUAGAAUUGGAUGAUCCACUAAUUCAAUUGACAGAGAAUUAUAAAUGGAUCCAUUUUUUUGACUUUUACUGGAGAUUCGGAAUAGAUGGACUCUCUUUAGGACCCAUUUUAUUGACAGGAUUUAUCACCACUUUAGCUACGUUAGCAGCUCAGCCGGUUACUCGAGAAUCACCAUUUUUUUAUUUCCUGAUGUUAGCAAUGUAUAGUGGUCAAAUAGGAUCAUUUUCUUCUCGAGACAUUUUACUUUUUUUCAUCAUGUGGGAAUUAGAAUUAAUUCCCGUUUAUCUACUUUUAUCUAUGUGGGGGGGUAAGAAACGUUUGUAUUCAGCUACAAAGUUUAUUUUGUACACUGCAGGAAGUUCCAUUUUUUUAUUAAUGGGAAUUCUGGCUAUGGGUUUAUAUGGUUCUAAUGAACCAACAUUAAAUUUUGAAUCAUUAACUAAUCAAUCGUAUCCCAUGGCGCUGGAAAUAAUUUUCUAUAUGGGAUUUUUUAUUGCUUUUACUGUCAAAUCGCCAAUUAUACCUUUCCAUACAUGGUUACCAGACACCCACGGGGAGGCACAUUACAGCACUUGUAUGCUUUUAGCCGGAAUCUUAUUAAAAAUGGGAGCAUAUGGAUUGGUUCGAAUUAAUAUGGAAUUAUUAUCCCGCGCUCAUUCUAUAUUUUGCCCCUGGUUAAUGCUAUUAGGUUCAAUUCAAAUAAUCUAUGCAGCUUCAACAUCUCUUGGUCAACGUAAUUUAAAAAAAAGAAUAGCUUAUUCCUCAGUAUCUCAUAUGGGUUUCUUAAUUAUAGGAA